CCAACUAAAUACCAUAUCAACUUCGUAGUACCAAGUAGUUCCGGUAGAGGGCGCCACCCGCAGCGCAGCCAACUUCACGUCUAUCUGUCAGUUCUUUCUCUUUUUCUCCAACAUCGCCGAUUGCGGUUGCUUGAUUUGCAAAUAGCCACAAAAAAACCAACAAAAUGGAGAACGACGCCGGUGAGAAUGUUGAUCUGUACGUGCCCCGCAAAUGCUCGGCGUCCAACAGGAUCAUCCACGCCAAGGAUCACGCUUCCGUGCAACUGAGCAUUGUCGAUGUGGAUCCCGAGACCGGCCGUCAGACCGACGGUUCCAAGACUUACGCCAUCUGCGGAGAGAUCCGUCGCAUGGGAGAGUCGGACGACUGCAUCGUGCGUCUGGCCAAGAAGGACGGCCUCAUUACCAAGAACUUCUAAAUGUGUUUAAAAAAAAUCAAUAAUAUGAACAUGAUUUUGGUAAUAAAGCGAAUUCCCUUGUAAUUUAACGUA